AGAUGCUCGAUGUCCAGAAGGUCGAAGAUCUCGAAAUCCCUGAGGGAGUCGACGUUUCCGUCAAGUCUCGCCUGAUCACCGUCACCGGCCCCAGGGGAACCCUCACCAAGAAUGUGCGACAUAUCGACAUGGACAUCCGAGUUAUCAAGGGCAAGAAGACCAAGGUCCUUUUGACUGUGUGGUCGGGAAGCCGCAAGCACGUCGCCUGCUUGCGAACCAUCCGUACCAUGAUCAACAACAUGGUUAUUGGCGUUACCAAGGGCUUCCAAUACAAAAUGCGUGCCGUCUACGCCCAUUUCCCCAUCAACUGCAUUAUCCAGGACGGUGGAAAGGCCGUCGAAAUCAGGAAUUUCUUGGGCGAGAAGAUCGUGCGUCACGUCGACAUGUUGGAAGGCGUUGUUAUCAGCGAAUCAAAAGCCCAGAAGGACGAACUUAUCCUCGAGGGCAACGACAUCGACACUGUUUCUCAAUCAGCUGCCUCGAUCCAAGGUAUUUGCCGGGUGCGAAACAAGGAUAUCCGAAAGUUCUUGGAUGGUGUCUACGUAUCACACAGGGGCACCAUCGUCGAGGACGAGUAAAUGCCCACUUUCAUGUACACUCCUUCACCUUCUCUUAUGGUUUACAUAUGACACUAUGACGACGCACAUCC